AUGUCUGAUAACAGACCCAUUCCCUCCGAGGUUGGCUCGUCUUCCAGCCCCAGUAGAGCAAUCGCGUCAGUCACCUCUGGCACUCCUCGACUCGCCCAAAUUCCACCUCGUAAUGGAGCUGCUGGUUCCUUCCAGGCCGCGCGCUCUGUGGGCCGUGACAGCGGCAUCCAGCGUACCGCGACUCCGCCUCCUGGUUCUGACACGGAUCUCGGAACCAAAGCUCCGGUUGCGGAGCCGUCGCAGCCAAAGUCGGCCCUCACUGCCGCCUUGGGCAAAUCGAGCACUGGCAAAGACGCCGCCUCAACCCCUGACCAUGCAAGCGGCUCUGCAACUCCCGCCAACCCAGACGAGUCUGCGUUCUCCAAUCUCGCCGAGGUCCCCGACGAGGAGAAGGCCCGCGUGCUUCGCCGCCAUCUGGUGUCCGCCGAAGAACGUGGUGGCGGGUCCAAGGUCGCGACGCCAGGUCAAGAUGCCACACCCGUGGAAGACAGCAGCCAGGCGGGCGACAGCUCUGUGGUGCAGGCGCCCGAAGAAUCCUUCCCCAUCCCGUACGACGCACCAGGAGGCGAUGUAACCCACAGCCUGUACAAGUGGCAGCAGGGUGCUAGACCGCGCCGCCCCAGCCGUGCUGCAUCAUUCUCGCACGCGGAUCGCUCGGGUAUCAUUGACCCCGCUGUUACACAGAUGAAGGAGCCUGGAGGCUUCCGACGUAACUUCUUGUCAGCAAGGGCACAGGAGCGCGGCGAUGAGGUUCCGCCCAUGAUCCGCAACGUCGUCGACUUCCUCUUCCUUUAUGGCCACUUUGCUGGUGAAGACCUAGACGAGGACGAAGACGUCGAUGACGACGACGAGCUUGCAGAGGCGGAGGAGGGCAUGGAUGGCUCUGCUGCCCGUGCUGGUCCUGCUUCUGAACGCACGCCUCUCCUCCAGCGGACCAUGAGCAAAAACCGCAGACGUUCCAAGAGCGUCCACAAUCAGGGGACGGCGAGCGUCACUCAGGCCGUGCUCAUGCUUCUAAAGGGCUUUGUCGGAACGGGCGUCCUCUUCAUGGGCAAGGCCUUCUACAACGGAGGUAUCCUCUUUUCGACUGUAGUGCUUCUCGCGAUUGGCGCCAUCUCGCUCUGGUCUUUCCUUCUCCUUGUCCAGACCUGGAUGAAGGUCCCCGGUUCCUUUGGAGACAUCGGAGGGCAGCUGUAUGGCAACUGGCUCCGUAUCACCAUCCUGUUCUCGAUCACCGUGUCCCAGAUUGGGUUCGUGGCAGCGUACACCAUCUUCAUCGCCGAGAACCUCAGGGCCUUCUUCCUUGCAGUAACAGACUGCAAGCUGGACAUCCCAACUUCCGCCCUUAUCUUCGCCCAGCUGUUCCUCUUCCUUCCUCUCGCCAUGAUCCGCAACCUAGCCAAGCUCUCUGGUACCGCCCUUGUCGCCGAUGCCUUCAUCUUGAUCGGCCUCAUUUACAUCGCCUCGUCCGAGAUUGGGACUAUUGUGGAGAAGGGUGUUGCACCUGAUGUUGUCCUGUUCAACCCCGACCAUUUCCCGCUCCUCAUUGGAACUGCCGUGUUUGCGUUCGAGGGAGUCGGACUCGUGAUUCCGAUCACGGAGACAAUGAAGGAGCCGCAGAAGUUCUCGCGCGCACUCUCGGGUGUCUUACUCUUCGUCGCUGUGCUGUUCUCGACUUUCGGCGUCCUCGGCUACGCCGCGUACGGCAGCGAGGUCCAGACCGUGGUUCUCGUCAACCUACCACAGCAGGAGAAGUUUGUGCAAGUAUCCCAGUUCCUCUACUCUAUCGCCAUUCUUCUCUCGAUCCCUCUCCAGCUCUUCCCAGCAGUCCGCAUCAUGGAGACGGGUCUCUUCUCCCGCAGUGGAAAACACAACCGCCGCGUCAAAUGGCAGAAGAAUGUCUUCCGCGCCGGUACUGUAAUCUUCUGCUCACUCCUGUCCUGGGCGGGUUCGUCCGAGCUUGACAAAUUUGUGUCUCUGGUCGGCGCUUUCGCAUGUCUUCCGCUAUGCUUCAUUUAUCCUCCUAUGCUGCACCUGCGCGGAUGUGCAACCACACGUACGGCCAAGGCCCUUGACUACCUGUUGCUGGCCUUUGGCAUCGUGGUUGGUGUCUACUCGACAGUUCAGACCCUUCGUAGUCUGUUUGCCCCAAGCAAUGGGGACUCACCAACGUUUGGCAAAUUGUUCUCGCUUCCAAGUCCUUCGAUGUCGACACCGCAAGCCUUCACCAUUAGUUCCGAGGCCCUUGCUCGCUUCCCAGCCGCCAUCCAAAGGACGAUUGUCGACGUUGUCCAGUCUGAACUGGAGAAAGCUAGGAGCAACUGCAUUCAGGUGCUCGCGAGCCCGCCUCGAGCGGAGCCUGCUUCCGCGCAAGAACCUCGAGCCCCAAUGGAUGAGGCCUGGCAACGUGAAGCAACCCGCUUCGUGCACUCGAUUGAGGGGUUCCUCAACUCAUGCCCGAGCGUCAAGCGAGGCCCGAAUUUCAAAGCAAACUCGAAGCAUAUCUUAGAGGAUGCCUUCCGGAGGUCGCAGUUCCUCAACAAAGCGGAGUGUCGAAUUGUGGCCAAGGCAGCGGGGUUGUCUUCUCAACAGGUCCGCACAUGGUUCCAGAACAAGCGUAAUCGUUCCUCUAAGAAGCCGUCCAAAGCCACUGGAGAAGCUCAGUUGUGGUUUGAGGAUGUGGUCGGCCGUCCAGGGUCCCCGUCGCUCCACACUCCAACUGCCGACUGGGACUGGAGCAAGAUCCACCAAAGUCUGUGGCUGCAGUACGCGGGCCCAAGCGCUGGUGUUAUGUGGGACCCGCCACAGGUCCAGGGUGACAGCUGGCUGCCUCGCGACACAGCGGCGCUUGCCAUGGCCGCCUCCAAUUUCAUAGAUUUUCAGGAGCCUGCCACCGAAUCUAAAUAG